ACUUCUGUAUAUGACAUGAAUAACCAAUCGGAAGCUCAGAAUGUCCCUCUACUUCGAAGCUCCCAGGGGUACUGCACAGACUCGGAGUGUUUUCAAGAGAUGCCUGGACCACAAGGAGCACCACCUACUGGUGGAGAGUUUAACUUCAUGAUGUUUCUACUGGGUUGGCUUUUGAUAGCAGUGAUCUUGUUCUUUCUUCGACCAAAUUCUUUACGAGGAAGUAGAACUACAAAACCUUCAGGGGGUCAGGGACCAAACAACCAACCUCCUCCGAACGCUCCAAUUCGCUAAAAGCGUACGGACAAAGAGCUGUGUAUUAAGAGGAAUGACAGUUAUUUAAUAAUUAUAUAUGAUGAAAUAUUUAUCUAUGGUUGUUGCCUUUCUAAAGCUUAUGUUAUCUAAUCAGCAGAAAUUUAAAUAUAAUAUAGGAAGAAAAAAAAAACACGAGUGUAAAUGGACAUUGUAUAAACAUAUUGGAUGUUGAGCACGUAUGCGGUAAAUUAAAAAAUAUAACUUUUUUUUUGUCAAGUGUUAACAUGAUAAAUGUUAAAACAAUGGAAAUAUUCACAAUACGAGUUAAGAAUGCUUUUAUAUCUGUUCAGAAGUUGUUAUUUCGUAAUGAGUUUGCCUAAAUUUAGUAUAUGUUAAUAUCUAAUUGAUCAGCUAAGUGAUAAGUAAUGAUACUUUGAGCAUGUUUGGUUUUUGGUUAAUACAUAAUAUAUCUGCAUAAGGAAAUCUUUGAAUUUAUUAUAAUAACUGCUACAUAUUUAACAAAUCUAAAGUAUCGUCUUUUGCAGAGUAAAUUUUAUUAGUCUAGUCGGUUUGAGAGUAUUUGCACAUACAUACACUUUGUAUGAGGUAUACUAUUUAUCCAAAAAAUCUAAGGUACGGCAUAACUGAUUGUGUAGGUUAGCAUUUAUAAUACACACGCACAUCUUGCUCAGGAUUUCAGUGUGUAGGAGGAUGAACGUGUAUUCAGUUAUACACAUAUAUAAUUACACAUCUAUGUAUACACAUAUAUCAUUUUUUAGAAUCAGAAUGUGACAUAGAUUGAUACAAAUUAUUAAUACUACUUUAGGUAAAAAAAAUAAUUGGAAAAACGCAUCUUUAAAAGUUCAAAUAAAACACUGCAAUUUUGUAAAAGUAGUUCAAUCAAAGAGCUGAAUCAAAUAAAUGUUAUACGACAUAAAUAAGGAGAUAUCUAGCAACAGUAGAUAUACGAUACGUGCACUAGCAGUAUAUGGAUUCUUCUGAUAAACUUUGCUUACAUAAAUUGUAUAUUCUAACAGUUGAAUGGUGUAGCUUAUAUAAAAAACUAUUGUUUUAAUACAUGAAUUAUUGAAGUUCAUACAGGCUCUUUAAUUAAAAUUAUUAUUAAAAUGUAUAUUUCAAGAAAUAUUUUGCAUUUGCAAUUUGUUUAAGGGCGGGGCGAAAUUUCUCAGAGAACACACUGAAUAUCAUGUUUCGAUUGUUGGUUCUCUGAACAUUCUGGACACGAUCCUUCAAACUAAAUAUUACAUUUAUACAUUGUUUUUUUUUUACACAGUGGUUCUUCACCGGUAGUUCAUUUUUUGAGGAGGGGGAUACAGAGGUGGGUAAUCUGACAGGCUUUAUAAUCUCCCGAAAUGUUUCUCGGAGUGUACAACCAGCCACAUUUAUUUUCAUUGUUGGGUUGAAGUACAGUAAAUCACAUAUCUACUUUUGUAACAUGUAGAAAUAAAGUAUGUAUUCUUCUUAGGGGUAGGGAUACGAUAAUAUACAUUUGAUCUCCUGACGGGUAAUAUCACAGUGAGCUUCAUACAUUGUAAUGUAUUUUUAUCUGUCAGGAGCGAGUGGUAAUAUACGUGCUCUCCUGAUUUAUAAUAAUUUAGUAAGGUUUGUAUUCUCCUGACUAAAUAUAUCACAGUAACGUACAUAAUAGUCUGGAAAGUAACUCGUACUUAUUCUCCUGACUGGUAAUAUUGCAUUACAUCUUGUACAUUGUAUUUUUAUCUCUACGGAAAAAGUGAUAAGUUGUAUACUCUCUUGACUGAUAUAAACAUCAUGUAGUCUCUUGACUGAUAUAAACAUCAUGUAGUCUCUUGACUGAUAUAAACAUCAUGUAGUCUCUUGACUAAAGAUGACACAGUAAGACAUAUAAUCUCCCGACAAUAAACAGCAUAGUAAAAUACAUGAUCCGUACGUGCUUAGAUCGUGAUCAUUAGCACCUAAAUGCUUAAGAAACGCCUUGAAAUGCAGGUGUCUUAAGUAUUUAUGUAAAGUUUAUAUAAUUUUUUUCUAUAAAACAUUUGUAUUGUGAUCUUUUGAUUGAAUGUUUGUAUAAAUAUGAUUAAUGUGAAUCUCUGUAUAUUUAACAAAAUAAUUUGCAUUUGAUACUCCCAUGAUAAGGAACAUUUUCUACACACACAUCACUACUGGAAUACGUGUAAUAUAUUCUCUCUUGAUAUAUAUAAAAUGUUCUAUAGAAAUAGUGUACUAUAACUGCUAUUUAAUGCAUAAGUUGUUGCUCAUCGUUAUUGACAUGAAGAGUGUGAACGUAUGCUUUCCUUAACUGGUAUGGGGUAGUUCACGAUUAUUGACAUUUUCACACGCUGGGGGGGAUUAAGGGCCAGCAUACGCUUUUGAAAAUUAAAAAAAUGUCGAUUUAAAUUUUCAUGAGAAUUUCUCUCCCUGUGAUGCUUGCGUAGUUUCCCCACUUCCCGCAAUGCAUACAGCAUCCUCCCUGAUAACAAUGGCGAACAACAGUCUGAAUAACAAAGACCAUGGAUGGUGCAUAGUCUUAUAAUAAAAGAAAGGUAGUGAAACAUCAGUAUUUUCUUUGUACAGUUUUUUUUUGGGGGGGGGGAAGUCUACAAAACGUGUACCACUUGUACACUUGUGAAAAAACGUUGAUAAUUGUGAACGACCCCCUAACUAAAGGUAGAAAA